AUGGGGGAGAAGGAGCGUUACCUCAACCUGAUGUUCGACCCGCGGGUGGUGCGUGGCAACACUUACGCCCUUCGAGUCGCGCCUGUGAGUACCGAGCCCGAUCCCCUUGAGAUUCGAAGGCGGAGGGAAGCACGGAAGAGAGCACUGGCUAGAAGGCGUGCAAAGGAGCAACUGGCAAUAAGAACACCUGAGCCUGUGGAAGGCAGAGAGCACGUUGAGGUGCAGACAGACCGGUAUUUGGAAGAGAUUAGUGACCAGAUAAUAGAGGUUGAUAGAGAGUGUCAAACGGAUGAAUUUUUGGAUAGACCACCCACUCCACUCUUCAUACCAGCCAAAUCAGGAAAAGAUGUGGCCACAGAAAUAGGAGAAGGAGAGCUGUUUGAUUUUGACAUUGAAGUCAAGCCAAUCCUGGAAGUGUUGGUUGGGAAAACAAUUGAGCAAGCUUUGCUGGAAGUGAUGGAGGAAGAAGAGCUGGCCCAGCUGAGGGCACAUCAACGUGCCUAUGCAGAGCUGCGGAACGCAGAGCUUGCUGAAGUACAGCGCCUGGAAGAGCAGGACAGGAGAUACAGAGAGGAGAAGGAACGUCGCAAACUCCAGCACAUGCAAAUGCUGCAGAAACAGAAAGAGACCACGGAGAAAAUUGCAGCUCGGGCAUUCACUAAGCAUUACCUGUCUGAUCUCGUUCCCUCUGUUUUAAACAAUCUUCGUGAGAGUGGGUUUUUCUAUGAUCCUAUACAAAGAGAUAUUGACACAGAAUUUUUCCCAUGGCUGAUGACAGAAGUGGAAGAAACACUAGAGAAAAGGGUUCUGGGGAGGACAAUGCUUGACUCCUUGAUUCGUACAGUGGUUGAAAAACGCUUAGAUGCAUUUAGCCAUAAACCUCUGCCUGAGAAGACAGAGGCACCUGUUGAGAAGACAGAGGCACCUGCUGAGAAGACAGAGGCACCUGCUGAAGAGCCCAAGCCAACAGAUACAGAACCCCAGGUGGCUGGGUGUGAGGAUUGCGGUAAAAGCCUUGUAGGAGAAUGCAAGCUCCACGGGCCACUCAUCAGGGCUAAGGACAGGGUUAUUCCUAGCCGAGCCCGUCUCACCCUACCUCAUUACCUCACUUUGCGAGUGUUGGAGCUGCGAGCUGGAAACGAGCAGAUCCUUGGAGUAUUUGCAAAGAAAGUAAUACAGAAGAGAACACAGUUUGGUCCUUAUGUUGGUCAACUGUCUACAAAACUGACCUGCUAUGAUGAGAGCAGGCUAGUCCUGCAGGUCUUGAAAGAUGGAGGGAAGUACUUUCUGGACACUCCCAAUGAAGACUGUGGAAACUGGAUGAUGUUUGUCCGGCUAGCCCGGAACCAAGAAGAACAGACUCUUGUGGCUUAUCAGCACUGUGGAGAAGUCUACUUCACAACUGUUAAGCCAAUUGAACCCCAUACAGAAUUGAAGGUAUGGUAUGCUGCCGAUUAUGCCAAAUUUAUGGAAACUUCUGCAGUCUUCAUUAAAGAAGAAUCUGAUGUCUAUCCAUUGCCUCCAGUAGCAGCAUUCAGCCAUUCAUUCUUCACAGAAAUCUCACCAGUGUGGCUACUGUGAAAAGACCUUUCACAGGAAAGACCAUCUAAAGAAUCACCUUAAGACUCAUGACCCUAACAAGAUGGCCUUCAAGUGUGAAGACUGUGGCAAGAAGUACAACACCAAGCUAGGCUAUAA